AUGCUCUAUUUUGCGUGUCCCGGAUCCCCACCCCCGACUCCGGUUCUGGUCUUACAGGAUAGGGAGAAUGCCUGCUACAAAAGCAAAAACACCAACUUCUCCGUUUCCCCGUUUCCCUCCAACAAAAGGAACCCAGGAGUCCUGGAUGGCUGCCAGCCAGCCAACCCCACCCGGCCGCCCCCCAAAAUGAAAAGGGAGGCGUCCCAGGGGCAAGACCUACCCGUUCGUCUCCGCCUCUCCGGGUCUUCCGUGCGCGGCGAGGCUUGGAUGCUGCUGCAGCCCUGCGCCCUGGCUCCAGAUGACGCGCAAAGCAAAAGCUGGGAAAUAGAAACCUAUUGGAGGGGGCGGAGACGGCGGAUCCUCCCGGCUGGCUGUGCUUGUCAGGCGGAAAGGCUCGUCUGA